AAUGCAAACGUGUGGCAGCCGCGUAUCGAUUUUCCGAAUCCCCGGACGUUAAAUACCGAAAAAUAUCGCGAGUGAACUGGAAAUGGUUUUAAAAUUAUAAUCAUGAAUAAAUAAACACUAAUGUAACCAUGAAAUGUAAGAAUAUAAUAGCUAAAGUUUGAUUUUACUAAUGGAUCCCUACAGGACUCAGUAGAAAGAGACAACGAGUAAAAAGGAUAGAAUAUUAUUAUCGUUUUCUGUGUUUUAAUCAAAUUAUUUUAUGUUUGAUUAAUUGUGAUGUGAGUGGAUGCGUUUGGAAAAAUCUUUGCUUCAUUUUUGUGUAAUAUUGUAUUCUGAUUCCUGCCCUCGAACCAUCCAUCUAAAAGCGUUUAAGUGUUCACCUCUAAUUCGAAUUUAAAAACAAGCAUGUUAAUAAACUAAACGCAUUUAAGAAAAAAACCUGUCAAUUUAGCGCGCCAAAACUUAGUGCGGUGAAAAAAGUACCUAGUAUCACGAAACUGUUAUUUUUCGAACAUGUCAGUAUAGAAGAGUUUUAAAAAAAGAACAAUAUGGCGACCCCGCCUGAGAGCCCGGUGGAAGAACAUGCGUACGAGUUGGAGCCGAGUCGGACACCCAAGCCAAUUCCUGUGGCGCUGGAGGAACUAUGCAGACAGACGAAGUUCUCGAAACAGGAGAUAAGAGUCAUGUACAGAGGUUUUAAAACGGAAUGUCCUGAAGGCGUGGUGCAAGAAGAAUCAUUCAAGGAUAUUUAUGCCAAAUUUUUCCCACACGGAAACUCGGCACUCUACGCGCACUAUGUGUUCAAAGCAUUUGAUGUUAACUGCAGCGGAGCAAUAAGCUUUAGAGAACUCCUAGUCACCCUAUCCACCCUACUCCGAGGGUCAGUGUACGAGCGUCUCCGAUGGGCCUUCAGGCUUUACGAUGUGGACGGAGACGGUGCCAUCACCAGGCAAGAGUUGGCGGAAGUGGUGGUGGCAGUCCAUGAGCUUCUGGGGAGAAGAGCACCUCCAGGGUCCCCGGCUGCGAGACUCGAUGAUGCUAAGGCUAAUGAGCAGGUGGACAGGGUGUUCAACAAGCUAGACCUGAACCAGGACGGCGUGAUCACCAUCGAGGAGUUCCUGGAGUCGUGCCUCAAGGAUGACGUCAUCACGCGCUCGCUGCAAAUGUUCGACACGGCGCUAUGACGUCAAACGGACGCCGAGGCGCGCGCCUUCCACAGGACCGCAACGAAGCGCGCAAGCCCGCCAUACCGCGUCGUCCGCCAUUGCCGGUGCGCACGCGCCGAGUCAGGAUUCCUAACAAACAUGGCGGCCGCUUGGCGCGUCAGGGCACAGGAGUACAUCCGCUAUUUCGCCGUUUUCGAAAACUUCUAUGCGGGAAUCGUCCGCCCUAAGAUCAAGAGCGUUCUGUUUUUCCAUUUUUAAAAUUUGAACGAUGUGAAAUUUAAAUUUAGAACCCCCGCUCCCGCCUGGCGGUUGGCAUUUUUAGAGUGAGACGUUUAUUGGCAAAGUAAGUUUAUUGAUAAGUCUUCGUCAUAUGUGUAUUGUGUUAAAAAGUCAUCAAAUUGUUAAAUAAUGAAGUUUUUCUUGGGAAAUCUAAGAAAAUAAUACGAAAUUGUUAAUUCUACUUAUCGUGUGAUGCGGUACAACUGAAAUUAAUAGAUUAUUUAUAUAACGCAUAGGUAAAGCCAAAAAAUCUAAGCUUGAAUCUGAGAAAUAUUCACCAAUCUAAAUAACUUGCUUUUGCCUAAUGCAAAUGUUAGGUUCCCCUGUAAGCAGGUUCACGGUGGUAAGGUGGGGGUGACUUUCUGACUGACUUACCAACUCCUGACCUGGUCCUAUUCGGACCCAGGGCUUAUCUACAAUGAGCCUGCGAAUUCACUCUCGUUCUAAGUACCUUAUGAAAUACCGCUAUUUUUGAAAUUGGUGAAAUAAUGGCGGUUUGUAAAAAUUGUACGUACUCUUACUUUAAGUAGAGUAUUUGAUAUGUAAAAGGAGACUAAGGAUGUUGUUGGUGACUUUCUAAGAAAUGAAAGAUUGAUGAUAGAAUGUUAACGAAUUAAAUUUGUCUUUUAAUAAUUACUAUUUAAAUCGCGUAUAAUUAUGAAUAACUCACGAAUUUUUUUUGUUAUUGGGUGAUUUACAACUAUUCUGUACACUUGGGGUCAGAAUUUUGAACCUAAGAGCGUAGACGUAGAAAAAAAGCAGACGGAAUUUUAGUAUACUGCAAAAUGAAGCACGAAUAGUGUA